AUGGCGACUCCGAGCUCCACAUCAUCGAUCCCGCCCGCACCGAUCCUCCUACCUAAGCUGGCUUUCUCAUCGGCCUCCUUCGACCUCUCUGCAGACACCGACAGCACACCAAACUCCGAGACAACCACCCUAACCGAUCGUCACGAUAGUCUGAAAGAGUCGCCUCGAAGCAGCAUUUGCAGUAGUCGAAGCACCGAGUCGAGCGUUCCAACAUCAAGCAAACAAUCCUCGCACAAACGCGUUCGGUUUCAAGAGUCCGUCUGCUGGUCAUACUUCGAUGUCGAGCAACAUAUCACCACAAGACCGGAGCUCGAACACAAAUCUUCAUUCCUAGGACGCAGCUGGGCGCGGUUCAAGUCAAGAAACUCAUCCGGCGAUUUGGACAUCUCGUCAACAACACCCUCUGGGCUGAGAAACAUGCAAGGAAAGAACAACUCAGCAGACAUGCUCAGCAAAGUCUCCACAUCACCCAGCGGCCGACCGGUCUUGACGAGACGAUCCUCCUCCUCGUCGAGCAUGGCCUACUCCAUCCAACAACCCCUCCGACAAUCCGCUGGUCGAAGAUACGACGCCGCAGCCACGCAUGCGAUCUGGAGGGCGAGCGCGGCGAAAGCGAAAGGAGAUUGGGAUGAUCUGUUGAGUAACCCUCGAUCGAGCAGGUUAUACGCAUGA